UGCUGCAGCGCGCGUGGGCCGGUGCGGCUCCUGGCGUCUCGUGCGGCCUCGCGGGGGCUACUGGGAGCCGCAGUUCGCGGCGUGCCUGUGGCGCCAGAGGCGCUGGAGCUGCUGCUGCUGCUGCUGCUGCUGCUGCUGCUGCUGCUGCUUGUGCGGCUGUGACGGCCCCUGUGGGGUGCUAGGGGCACCGUCGCCGUUACUCGCUGCGUGGUGCGGCUCUCCCCAGCGAGCCCUUGGGGCUCGUCGCCCUCUUCUGAGGGUGCCCUAGGCUACCGCUAAGGGCUGCCCGGCCGUCCCUGAAUGCUUCUGCUUGGCUUUUGAGGUGAUAACUGGAAGAUCUUUGAAAAUACUGACCAAGCUUAUACCAGAAUCAUCUCCAGCUCAUGCUUCAGGGCUAUAAAGCCACCUGAAAACUUCUUGCUCAGAAUAUCUGUCCUGCGUUUCUCUCUGCUACUCUAGGAGGAACCACCCAGGAAGGGCUGGAGCCUGGCUGCACCUCUCCUAGACCCAUUUAAGAGCUGACUGCCAGUGGGGAAGGGUCUCUUCUGGAGAUCCUUUGUCUGGAGUUUUGUAGUGAGCCCAUGAUGCAAGCAUCACAUGUGGAAACUUGAGAGUCUAACUGGUUCUUCACUUCACUGUAUAGAAUGAUCAACCUUCACCUUUGGUUGGCCUCCAGUAGAAGAGCAACAUUAUGCCUCUGGGCAUCAAAAAGCUAGUACUUGCAAACAGGGUGUACUCCAGAAGAAGAAGAAUGCUGUCUUGGUGGAUGGAGUCAUCCUGAAUGGUCCAAUAACUGAUUCAAAAGCAGGAGAGAAAUUUGUGGAAGAGGCCUGUAAGAUCAUAAUGGAAAAAAUAAUCCAGAAAGCUGAUGAUGUUACAGAAAAGGUUUGUGAAUGGCGGGCCCCUGAAACACUGAAGAAGAUUCUUGAUCUGGAAAUGAGAGACACUGGAGAAUCUCAUCAGAAACUCUUGCAGCUCUGCCAGGAUGUGAUACAGUACAGUGUCAAAACCAAUCAUCCAAGAUUUUACAAUCAGCUGUACGCUGGAAUAGAUUAUUACUCAUUAGUGGCUCGUUUCAUUACUGAAGCAUUGAACCCAAGUGUAUAUACAUAUGAAGUAUCACCUGUAUUUCUGUUAGUGGAAGAAGCAGUCAUCAAGAAAAUGAUUGAAUUCAUAGGCUGGGAAGAAGGUGAUGGCAUAUUUAAUCCAGGUGGCUCUGUUUCUAAUAUGUAUGCUAUGAACUUAGCAAGAUACAAGUUUUGUCCAGAGAUAAAGGAAAAAGGGCUCUCAGGUUUGCCAAGACUAGUCCUGUUCACUUCGGAAGAGUGUCAUUACUCCAUGAAGAAGGCAGCCUCUUUCCUGGGUAUUGGUACGGAGAACGUUUACUUCAUCAAAACAGAUGAAAGAGGUAAGAUGAUACCUGAGGAACUGGAGAAACAAGUCCAACGGGCCAGGAAAGAGGGGUCAGCACCAUUUCUUGUCUGUGCUACUGCAGGCACAACAGUACUGGGAGCAUUUGAUCCUCUGGAUAAAAUUGCUGAUAUCUGUGAAAAGCAUCACCUCUGGCUUCAUGUUGACGCUUCUUGGGGCGGCUCAGCUUUGAUAUCAAGAAAGCAUCGCAGACUUCUUCAUGGUAUUCAAAGGGCAGAUUCUGUUGCCUGGAAUCCCCACAAAAUGCUGUUGGCAGGAAUUCAGUGUUGUGCUCUUCUGGUGAAAGACAACUCUGGCCUCCUGAAGAAGUGUUACUCUGCCAAGGCUGCAUACCUGUUCCAGCAGGACAAGUUCUAUGAUGUCAGCUAUGACACUGGUGACAAGUCCAUUCAGUGCAGCAGACGUCCAGAUGCAUUCAAAUUCUGGCUCAUGUGGAAAGCAUUGGGAACCACAGGCCUUGAGGAGAGAGUGAACAGAGCACUGGCUUUGGCUAGAUAUCUUGUGGAAGAAAUUAAGAAAAGAGAAGGAUUUCAGCUUCUUUUGGAGCCGGAGUACGCAAAUGUUUGUUUUUGGUACAUUCCACCAAGCUUAAGAAAAAUGGAGGAUGGACCUGAAUUUUGGCAGAAGCUACACCGGGUUGCUCCUGUAGUUAAAGAAAGGAUGAUGAAGAAGGGCAGCAUGAUGCUUGGGUACCAGCCUAACCAAGGCAAAGUCAACUUCUUCCGCCAGGUGGUGAUCAGCCCACAAGUGAGUCGAGAGGACAUGGACUUCUUGCUGGAUGAGAUAGAACUGCUUGCCAAGGACUUGUAGCUGUAACUCUACAGCACUGGGCACUGCUUGUGUGUGAUGAUUAUGGAGACAGAAUGGCAGCAGUGCUCUGGUGCUAUUGUGUGAAAGGUAGUAAAAAGCUUGACGUAUGGUUUGGAAACUAUCAUUUAACAUUGUGAUGUUCAGAGUUUUGCAGGUAGAAUUGCCCUCCACAGGAAAGUAUUUGCUGAUGGAAGCUGGGACAGGGCAGUGCCUGCAGCACCACGGCCAUUCUGCGAAGCGUUUCCUGGAGCAGGGAGCACUUCUGAAAAUGGUGUCUUUAUCCCAGAGAGGGCUGCUAUUCAUGGGGUGCCUGCGUAGCUCAGACUGAUUGCUUAUAUAGGCAGGCAAUAUUCCUCUGAAGUUACUGUUAGUAGCAAAUUUAGCUCAGUGAGCUUUAAAACGCUCAUUAGUACUCUGUCUACUUUGUCAAUAUUUUAGUUUGGUAUGAAUUUAAGAGUAGAGACCCGGCUGAUAUUUACACUGAUAAGACUGGAAAUUGUGAACUUCAGUGAAGAGUUCCUCAAGGAACUCAGUUGUCCUCAAGGAACAAUUAGGUGAAUUGCCCAUAUUUCCCACUGUGAGCACUACUACAGGCAGCAGAACAAGGCGAGGCUGUGCUGUCACCAUCCUUGAGGUUAGCAGGACCUGGCUGGACAAAGCCCCAAGAAGUCAACACUGACCUUGCUUUGAGACAGUAGAGCUAGAUGACCUCUUAAGGUCCCUUCCAACCUAAACGACUUGUGGUUCUGUAAAAUCAAAUAGUUGGGCCUGGUCACUGUUUGCCAACAUUGCCUACACUGCAAUAGCAGUGCUGAGAAUAUUGGAAGUGUCAGAAAUUCAGAAAUUCUUACCUCUUUGGUUAUAGUUAUAAUUUCUGAACUAUAUUUAAAGCAUAAAUAUUUAAUGGAUUUAGAUGCACUUUAAAAUUGUAACAGAUGAAAAAAAAAAAAGUAUAUGUACCUGAAAGAUAUGUAUUUUAAAACUUGGCAACUAUAUGUUAAACAUGUAGAAAAGUGAUAGUUUUCACCGUCAGUCUGUAUUUGCCUAUAUUAGAUAUGAGAUGACUUGAUUUUAUGUUAUCAGUGUAUAAUUUAUACUUUGGCACUGAAAUCAACGUGGAGGUGAUCAGUGAUAGCCUGCCUGUUUUUAUGAUGGGAGCCAUCGAGUAUCUUUUGUUAAUCUUAUGUUGCAAAGUUAAGUUCUAAACUUUGUGUUAAGAAUUAUAGUAUCCUUUUGAUUUGUUGUCAUUCUAGAUAUAAAAGGGGCAGCUUUGUAAAGCUAGAGAUGUAUUUCUUGGAGUGAAUUUCUUGCAGCAGACUAAUGAAAAUAACAUGUUUCAUCAUCUGAUUAACACCUA